CCCGCAGACCUCGUCGCAGCUCUUCGAGCCUCCUUUCGCCCCAUCACCUCCGCACUCAGCUCCGAGCGCACGCGGCUAUCUGGCACUGCGACGGACUUCAUAACCACCGCCGUCACCGCGCUCGGCAGCGGCUUCGAGCCCCUCAUCCCCCACUAUCUGCCGGCUCUCUUCACCCUCUGCACGCGCACCAACAAGGUCUUCCUUAACCGUGCCAAGGCGUGCAUUGCUGCCCUCGUCGAGCACACGCAAGCUAUCACGAUCAUCCACUACUCUUUCCAGUCCAUCAGUGACAAGUCCAUCUCUCUGCGGCUGGCUGCCGCGGAGACGAUGCUGCUCUGCCUCAAGAGCUUCAACCCGCCUGACCUAGAGAAGGAGUCGCGAGCGAAGGAGAUUGAAGCGACAAUUCGAGCGACGGCCGUCGAUGCGAACGCGGACGUGCGCAAGGUCGCGCGGAAGAUCUUCGACGCGUACAAGAUAUUGUUGCCUAGGCGGCUCCAGAGGUGUGUUCGUCUCUGGCUUGACUCGCAUAGCUAG